AUGUUAAAGAUAUCAAUUUUGGCUUUUUUGCAGUUAUUCAUGUUGGCAAAUGCCACCACAACAACACUCAGUUCACAAGAUAAUAGUGAAUUAUCUUCAGGUCCAACUCCUGAAAUUUCCUUAGCAGCAGCUUCUGGCUCUACUGAAACUUCUACAAUUUACACUGCUUCAAAUACUGAUUACACCCUACAAGGUAUUAGUGCUUCUUCAGACUCAACUACAGGUUCAAAUCCAUUGAUUACAGGUACUUUACCAACAGAAGAACCAUCAAACACCAUUGCUACUGGAAAUUUCAAUGAAACCAAAACUAUCAGUGCCUCUCAAAAUUCAAACUCACAAGGUGCAGUUCUAGAAGAAGCUACAUCUUUCGAUUUAUUUUCUGCUAUUGAUACUAAAAAUCCACCAAGUGUUUUCCCAAGAGAACCAUUAAAAUUAGAAUUACCAGCUGGAGUUAUAAGUGAUAAUAAACCAAUUGGAACUAAUAAAUUCUGGAGUAAUUUGAUUUUAGGAGAUCAAACUGCUGGUAUUUGGACUUAUCCUUAUGUAUUAAUCAAAUCUGUUAACAGUUUUUAUGGAUUUGCUGUUUCUCAUACAACUGCUUCUCAAUAUUCUUUUGGUGAUAAAGAUAGUGCAGGUAAUGCGAAAUCUUAUUCAAAUCCACAAGGUAUUUAUUCGUUCAUUUUCAGUGGUAAAGGUUUUAGUAAAGAUAAUUUAGGUAUGAAUGUUAGUGGAUUGAAAUCCAUGUCUGCUUUAGUCACCUUAUACAACAAACAAAGCUCACCAACUACUGAUUAUAUUGAUCUACCAUUAGUUCAAGGUAUGGGGUUUUCAACUGCUAUUUAUAAAGGUAAUUUAACUCCAGUAUUGAAUUCAAAUGUUGGUUUUAAUAAAUUAGUUCAAGAAAAAUCAACUGGAUUAGACUCCAAAAUUCAAAAAUAUCGUGCUAGUUUGAAAAAUGGUGUUGAUUGGUUGAUAUAUAUUACUUUACCAGAUUCCGCUGGUGAUUUUAAAUUAUCAUCAACAGAUGGUGCUACAAUCACUGGUUCCAAAGCUGCUGACGGAUUGGUAAUUCAACUCGCCGUUGCACCAAAGCCUGAUUUAGAACAAUUUUAUGAUCAAGCUGCUGGUACUUAUGUCACAAGUGCUUCAGUUCAAGGUACUUCAAAUGGUGCUUCAGCUAAUUACGAAAUUAAAUAUGAAACCCAAGGUAAAAGUUCAUUAGGAAAUCCAAUUGUUUUCGCAUUACCACAUCAUUUAAAAUCAUUUACUCAAGAAACUACCAAAAAAUCAACAGGGAUUACAUUAGAUUCUACUACAAAAGGUACAAUGGUUGGUUAUUUAACAAAUUCUUUAGAAUUCACUGAUACUUUUAAUAAUAAUGUUCAAUGGUUACCAUGGUCUCAACAAAUUACCAAGGAAUUAUCAUAUACACCUGAACAAUUAAAAUUAAUUGCAUCUGUUGCUAAUGGUGAAUUAAAUAUUGAUUUGAAAGGUGCAAUGAAAGGUCAAGGUAUGUAUACCGCUGGUAAAAUUUUAGAUAAAUUUGCAUAUAUUUUAUUAGUUCUUGAUGAAAUUAUUAAAGAAGAAAAAGUUAGAGAUUCAACUUUACAAAAAUUAAAAGAUGCAUUUGAUAUUUUUGUUAAAAAUGAAGAAUUUUAUCCAUUAAUGUAUGAUACUCGUUAUAAAGGUGUUACUUCAUCUGCUGCACAAAAUAGUGAUGAAGAUCCUGGUAGAUUAGAUUAUGGUGCACCAUAUUAUAAUGAUCAUCAUUUCCAUUAUGGGUAUUUCUUACAUGUUGCUGCUGUUAUUGGUUAUGUUGAUGCAAAAAAAGGUGGUUCAUGGGCUAAAGAAAAUAGUGAUUGGGUUAAUUCAUUAGUUAGAGAUGUUGCUAAUCCAAGUGAAGAAGAUUCUUAUUUCCCAGUUUUCAGAUCAUUUGAUUGGUUUGCAGGUCAUUCAUGGACUGCUGGGUUAUUUAUGAAAGGCGAUGGUAAUAAUGAAGAAUCCACAUCAGAAGAUUACAAUUUUGCUUAUGGUAUGAAAUUAUGGGGUAAUGUUAUUGGUGAUAAAAGUAUGGAAGCUAGAGGUAAUUUAAUGAUUUCAAUAUUGGCAAAAUCAUUAAAUGAUUAUUUCUUAUAUUCUGAUGAUAAUAAAGUUGAACCAAAACAAAUUAUUGGUAAUAAAGUUAGUGGUCUUUUGUUUGAAAAUAAAGUUGAUUAUAAGACAUGGUUUGGUACUAAUAAAGAAUAUAUUCAUGGUAUUCAUAUGUUACCAAUCACUCCAGCUUCUUCAGUUGUUAGAGGUCCAAAAUUUGUUAAAGAAGAAUGGGAUUCAAAACUCUCUUCAAUUGUUGAUGGUCUUAAUAGUGGAUGGGGUGGUCUUAUUAGAUUAAAUCAAGCAUUAACAGAUCCAGUUGCUUCUUAUAAGUUUUUUUCACAAGAUAAGUUUUCAAAUGAAUGGUUAGAUAAUGGUAUGAGUAGAACAUGGGCUUUAGCUUUUAGUGGUGGGUUAGCAAAUUCCCUUUGA